AGUUAUCACGUAUAAUAGGACGUAAAGUUGUAGGUCAAGUGUUUGGUACUGCGGUUAGUCCGUCAUGGUGAUCUUACAUGUGGCUGAACGAGGGUAUUGCUACGUUGUUCGGCGUGUACAUAAUCAAUCAGACUAUGCCAGAUACUCGGAUGUUGGAUUUGUUCGUAGUCCAAACUCAACAAGAGUCUCUCCGUCUAGAUGAUUCACAAAUUAUGAAACCUCUUGAUUCAGAAGUUAACAGUAUCUCUGAAAUUAAUUCUCUCUUCUCUUUCACUUAUUACAUAAAAGCACCUUCUAUAUUGCGUAUGCUACACCAUACAGUGGGUGAUGAAAUUUUUCAAAACGGAAUUAAAGCGUAUAUGAAAAGAAGAACGGGAAGUCUGGACGAUUUUUGGACUAUAAUGCAAUCUAUCUAUGAUUCACAAACUAUGGAUUUGGAGAAAAUUAGCGUGAAAGACCUGAUGAAUCCUUGGAUACAAGAAAAGCAAUAUCCCAUUCUUAAUGUAACGCAAACUUAUGGUACCGAAUGGACAAAAAUUGUUCUAGAAACUACCUCGAAAAACUGGACGGUGCCAUUAAUAAAUCAAGUGUAUAUAAAUUUAAAACGAAUUUUACCCAAAUUUUGUUUAGCCCGUGAACAAAAGCACUUUCUUGCAAAAUGUUACAACUCUGAACACAGUCAAUUCAUAAUAAUCAAUCGGCAACAAACAGGAUACUACCGUGUAUUUUAUAAUUUGGAAAGUUGGUUAAAAAUCGUACAUUAUCUAAAUUCUGAGAAUUGUACAAAUAUUAAUGUCUUAAAUCGUGCUCAAAUCAUCGACGAUACGUUCCAUUUAACAAUAUCAGGCGAAUUAGAUUUUUCUGUAUUUUGGGAUGUCGUAAGCUAUCUAAAGUGGGAAACGGACUAUAUACCAUGGUAUUCUAUGUUCAAAGCUGCUGAAUACAUGUCAUACAUUUUACCGUUUCAUAGUACCGAUAGUGCAAUAUUCAAGAAGAAACUACUAAUGCAAUUGGGUCCGCUUCUUCAAAAGAUUGGGUAUGAAGAAAGACCUAACGACGACAGUUUUAUUAAAUGUUUAAGACAAGAAGCUCUAAGAUGGGCAUGUGUUCUUGGUGAUGGCGAAUGCAAAAAACAUGCUGAAUUUAAAUUGCAAUGGCAUUUGUUAAAUACGAAAGAAAAUAAACUAUUACCAUGGUGGAGUGAAUGGACGUUCUGUAAUGGUUUAUCUGUAUCUAGUAUUUCUCUUGACCAACUAUUUAAAGAUUGGGAUGAAAUGUUGAAAAUUAAAAAUCUAAAUGUGUUUGAAGUUGUCGCUUGCUAUCAUGAUAUUUCUCGUCUCGUGUCUUUGCUAAAAACGUUCAAAAAUGAUCACAUAUCUGCUUAUACAGAAGAUAAUGCAAGGGCAAUCACUAUUACUAAAUACAAUAUUGAUCUGUUUUAUUAUGUUAUUCAGAGACAUGCAAAUGAUGCUUUAUUCAAUCACAUUUUAUUAAAUAAUUUGAAAAAAAUCAAGCCUAAAGAGAUUAGUACAACCGCAGCAUUAAUUAGUAUUAUAAAUUAUACUUAUUCUAGUAAAUUACUCUGUGAGAUACAGAAAGGGAUACAUCAGAAUCUUACUAAUUCAUUACUUCAGAAAAUUCAACACAAAAUAAAAAUGCGCUUCAAGAAACACUACAUAGGUAGUAUAGAAUAUUGUUAGAGAAAAUCAGAAUACAAUCUAGGAUUUGUCAUUUUGUGAUUAAAAUAGAUACACAUCGAUAUUCAUACCUUUCUUGCUUUCCAUUUUGUAGAUAUCUCUUUGUAACAUUCAACAAUCAAUCUCAAA